AUGGUAAAUAUUAAUGAGGCCAAUGAAGAUGAAGCAGAGGAUGAGACGGUGAAGUACACCAAAGCCAACAUAAGGAGUACACAAGGGGGAAUUAUGGGGUCAAAAGAUAAGAAGUCCAAAGAGGAAGGUAAAAAAAAGAAGAAAGCCGAGAAGGAAGAGCAAGAAGAAGAAGAAGACGAAGAAGAUGAUGACUCGCAAAAAAAGAAAAAGAAAAAGAAAGCUAAGAAAGGUUUCACAGACAGCGAUGAUGAGGGUAAAAAAGGUAAAGGAAAGAAAAAGAAAAAGACUGUUGACUAUGUUGAGAUCUAUGAGAAUGAGUUAAGGAACUAUGAACUGGACAAAGUGGAAAACUAUGAAGAUGAAUACCAUAAAAAGAAAGUUUAUGAGGUGGUCACCAUUACUGGAGAAGUAGCUGGGGCAGGGACAGAUGCUAAUGUAUUUGUUACUCUUUUUGGUGAUUAUGGCAUAACUCCAAAGGUGCUUCUUGCCAGCAACACUGAAAAGAGAAACCGGACUGCUUUUGAGAAAGGCAAAACAGAUGUUUUCCGAAUAAAAACUCACAAUGUUGGAGUAUUACGAAAAAUUAGGAUUGAACAUGAUAAUACAGGCCUAAGCGCUAGCUGGUUCUUGGACCGUGUGAUGGUGACUGACAUGAACAGGCCCCAUCAACGAUAUUACUUUGCCUGCAACAACUGGCUCAGCAGGAAGGAGGGUGAUGGGCUCAUUACACGAGAUCUGCUGGGGACCGUAGACUCCUCUGACAUGCCAAAAUAUAAUAAGUAUGUAGUGAGUGUCAUCACUGCAGAUGUCAAAGGUAGUGGAACAGACGCAGAUGUAUUCCUUAAUAUUUUUGGUGAAUAUGGAGAUACCGGGGAAAGAAGACUUGACAGUGAUAAAAACAACUUUGAGAGAGGAGCAGAAGACAAGUUUACUAUUGAUGCACCAAACCUGGGUAAAAUAAGGAAGAUCACCAUUGGCCACAACAACAAAGGCUCCUCAGCUGGAUGGUUUGUGGACAAGGUGGUAGUGGAUGACCUGGGAAACAAGGCAGUGUAUGAGUUUCCUGUUGCCCGCUGGUUUGCCCUAGAUGAAGAUGAUGGAAAGAUUCAAAGGGAUAUUUUGGUGGGGGGGAGUCAGCCCACAGGCAUUGUUUACAAUAUACAGGUGGUUACAGGAAACAUCAGGGGAGCAGGUACAAACUCCAAAAUCCACAUAGUCAUGCAUGGCACCAAGGGCUUAAAGAACAGUGGAAAGAUCUUUCUGGAGGGUGGCAUAUUUGAACGUGCACGCACUGACAUCUUUAACAUAGAAAUCGCGGCUUUGCUAAGUCCUCUUAGUCGCAUAACUAUUGGCCAUGAUAAUGAUGGCGUCAGUGCAGGCUGGUACUGUGAUAAGGUAGUAAUCUAUUGCCCUUUCACUGGGCUUGAGCAGACAUUCCCUUGUUCUAAGUGGCUGGAUGAGGAUGAAGGAGAUGGCCUAAUUGAGAGAGAGAUUUAUGAAAUGGUCUCACUCCGACAAAAAAGACAAAAGAAGUAUCCAUGGUCUUUGUGGAUUUGGACGUCUGAUCUUUCUGGUGCAGGCACAGAUGCUUCUAUUGUCCUACAGAUCUAUGGAGAGAUGGGCAAGUCUGAUGAGAUGAAGUUGGACAACAAGACUAACAAUUUUGAACAGGGUCAGCUUGAUAAAUUUAUGAUUGAAUUACCUGAUCUUGGAAGAUUGAAGAAAUUGAGAAUAUUUCAUGAGAAGAGAAAUCCAUUUGCAGGAUGGCAUUUAAGCCAGGUGACACUUUUGAAAACAUUAACAAAAGAGAAAUACAAAUUUCCCUGUAAUCGCUGGCUAGAUACAAGUGAAGAUGACAAUGAAGUAGUAAGGGAGCUUCCUGCAACUGGAGAUCUUAUCCAGGAGCCACUACCAGUUAUAAAAUACAGAGUUACUGUUUACACUGGAAAUGUAAGUGGAAGUGGGACAGAUGCCACAGUCUUCUUAUGCCUCUUAGGAGAUUUAGGAGACACAGGUGACCGCGUCUUAGUAAACUGCAAGAAUAAUGUCAACAAGUUUGAGAAAGGCAAUGGUGAUGAGUUCAUAAUUGAGGCUGUGUCAAUAGGGCAGGUACGCAGGGUAAGGAUUGGCCAUGAUGGACGAGGGGGUGGUUGUGGCUGGUUUCUAGACAAAGUGGUGGUCAGAGAAGAAGGACAGGCUGAGUCUGAGGCUGCAGAGUUCCCAUGUAACAGAUGGCUUGACCGUAAUGAGGAUGAUGGCCAGAUUGUUCGAGAGUUAGUUCCAUUUGCUGACGGACAAAAACUCUAUAACACCAGUAUUCAUAUUGAAGUAAAGACAGGUGACAUCAAUGGUGCCAGCUCAGACUCAAAGGUCUUCGUGAAGCUUUAUGGUGAGAAAGGUGACACUAGUAAAAUGAUGCUGGUUGUUUCGACGAAUGACCUGCGGAACUACUUCGAAACUGGCCGGGUCGAUAUCUUCACCGUUGAGACUUUUGACAUUGGGCAAAUCAACCGUAUGCUGAUUGGUCACACCAACGAAGGCAUGAGGGCAGGCUGGUUUCUGGACAGUGUGCAAAUCAAGGUGCCAAACCAGGGCAAACACUACAUGUUUCCCAGCCAUCGCUGGCUGUCUGAAGAUGAGGCUGAUGGCAAAACUGAAGUAGAGCUCUACCCAAGUGAAAUACUUGAUAUUGAAAAAUUAAUAAACUAUGAGGUUACUGUGGUAACAGGUGAUGUUUGGGCUGGAGGAACCAAUGCCAGUGUUUUCAUCCAGAUAUAUGGAGAGGAAGGAAAAACAGAACUUAUCACCCUGAAAAGCAGAUCCAACAACUUUGAAAGAGGUGUCACUGAAAUAUUUAAGAUUGAAGCUAAAGAUGUGGGAAAUAUCUUCAAAAUUCGUAUUGGCCAUGAUGGCUCAGGAAUUGGUUCUGGGUGGUACUUAGAAAAAGUAGACUUAAAAUAUCUGGUUAUGGCCAUGGUGAAGAAAGAGAAGAAAGAAGACAAGAAGAAAAAUAAGAAGAAGAAAAAGAAGGAGGAUGAAGAAAAUGAUGAGGGUGAGGAAGUGAUGCAGGAAGUAGUGAAGACACUAACCUUUCAAUGUGAUCGUUGGCUUGCUGAGGAUGAGGAAGAUGGGGAAUUGAUAGUAGAACUUCUGCCUGAGGACAAUGAAGAGUUAGAGGAAAAUACAUAUGAAGUCAGCGUGUUUACUGGGAACAUGUGGGGUGCAGGAACUGAUGCCAACGUGUACAUCAAUUUCUAUGGCGAGAAUGGUGACACUGGAGAACGUCCCCUGAAGAAAUCUAACCACCUAAACAAAUUUGAGCGUGGUCAGGAAGACGUGUUUACAAUAAAAGCAGUUGAACUAGGGACUCUGAAGAAGCUAAGGAUCCAUCAUGACAACAGCUAUGCCAACUCCGCCUGGUACCUAGACCGAGUUGAGAUUGUAGAUACAAAAGAUGACACCACGUACUACUUCCCCUGUAACCGCUGGUUGGCUGUUGAUGAGGAUGAUGGCCAGCUUGUCAGAGAGCUGGUGCCUGUAGAUGAAGCUUUCAUGAAAAAGAAUGAUGACGAGGAAGAGUUGGGAGCCACCUUAGGCCUGGAGCAGAAAGCUAUGUCAACAACAUACACAUUGAGGAUUAAGACAGGAGAGAAAAAAUAUGCUGGAACAGAUGCCAAUGUUUUUGCAGUUCUGUAUGGAGAGUAUGAUGAUACAGGAAUUAUUAACCUGAAAGCCAGCAAAACACACAAGAAUAAGUUUGAGCAAGGAAACAUUGAUGAGUUUAUUGUGGAAGCUGUUAAUCUUGGAGAGCUUAAAAGGAUCAGAAUAGGGCAUGACAAUUCUGGGGGCUCAGGUUGGUUUUUGGAUUGGGUAGAGAUUAAUGCCCCUUCUCAGGGUCUGAAACUCUGUUUUCCAUGUGGCCGCUGGCUGGACAAAGGAAAAGAUGAUGGGGCAUUAGCAAGAGAUUUGUACCCAGCUGAAUUGCAGACAGAGGUGUACACACCAUUUGUGCCCUAUGAGAUUAAAACCUUUACUAGUGAUCUGUUUGGAGCAGGAACAGAUGCAGAUGUCUUUAUUGUUCUUUAUGGUGAAAAUGGGGUCUGCACUCACCAAAAGUAUCUCUGUGUAAAUAAGAGAGAGCGGCGCAUGUACUUUGAGAGAGGAGCAGAGGACAUGUUCAUUGUGGAACUGGAAGAUGUCGGUGAUGUCAUUGAGAAGAUCCGCAUUGGACAUGACAACAGAGGCAUAAACCCUGGGUGGCAUCUUGAUCGUGUAGAGAUUAGAAGGCUUUUAAGGAAAGGAAAGGGAUCUGAGACUACAAUUUUCCCAUGUGAGAGAUGGCUCGCAAAGUCUGAAGAUGACGGUGAGACAGUGAGAGAGCUGGUACCUUCAGACAUCAUCAUAGAGAGGCUCCUGAGAGAUGGUACUCUGAAAUGCACUGAGACUGAAGUGGAAGAUGCAUUGGAAACUCACACAUAUGACGUAUCUGUAAGAACAGGUGAUAUGUAUGGAGCAGGUACAGAUGCUAAUGUGUUCCUGACCAUCUAUGGAGAACUUGGAGACACAGGAGAACGCAAACUCAGCAAAUCAGAGACCAACAGUAAUAAGUUUAAGAGAGGAGCAGUUGAUAAAUUCAGCAUUGAAGCUGUAGACCUUGGGCAAGUUUUUAAGAUCAAAAUACGGCAUGACAAUUCUAUGAUGGGAGCAGACUGGUAUCUAGAGCAGAUAGAAAUUGUGGAUACAGAUACAGAUGAAAUCUCCAUGUUCUUAUGUGAAAGGUGGCUUUCAAAAAAGAAGGAAGAUAAAAGGAUUGAAAGAACAUUUUAUGUCAAGGGAUUUGAAGGUGAAAGGAAUCCCCAAAAUUCUAAGCCAAGCCUAGACAGCAACAUGAACAAGAAGAAAAAGAAGAAGAAAUCAGUUGUCGAGGAGACUGCUGUGAUCCCAUAUCACUUUACGGUGUCGACAGGAUCAGACCGUGAUGCUAGUACCACCAGUCGAGUGUUUGUAAUCAUCAUAGGUGCAAAUGAUUCUGAAACAGACAGACUCUGGCUCGACCUUCCUGAAGGAAGAAAAUGCUUUGCUGCUGAAACUAUGGAACACUUUGAAUGUUAUGGGUUGGAUGUAGGAGAAAUCAAAAGAGUCGAGUUAGGCCAUAAUGGUGCUACUCCAGAAAGCUGUUGGCUGGUGGAGGAAGUGGCUGUUGCAGUUCCUACCAAAGGCAUCAAGUAUAUAUUCCAGUGUAACUGCUGGCUUGCCAAAGAUAGAGGGGAUGGCCUGACAUCAAGAGUGUUCAAUAUACUUGAUGCCAUCACUAUUAAUAUCAUUCAAAAGGUUGUCUAUGAGAUUACAGUUGUAACAGGAGACACUCAGUAUGCAGGGACAGACACCAACAUAUUUAUAACUGUAUUCGGGGCCAGUGGGAGCACAGAGGAGAUUUUGUUACCAAAGAAAGAGGACAGGUUUGAGAGAGAUCAGAAGGACACUUUUAAUUUGGAGAUAGAUGACAUUGCUCCACUAAAAAAGUUAAGAGUUCGCAUUGAUGGGACAGGAUGCCGGCCUGAUUGGUUCCUUGACCAGAUUAUCAUGAGGAACCCAAUCACUGAGGAAGUGUCGGUUUUCACCUAUGAGGACUGGCUUUACAAAACGAAAGGGCCAAAGAGGACGAAGGUCUGUGAGCUCCCUGCAGUGGUGGACGAUGAGGAGAUGGUGGAGAAAACCACUUAUAUUAUUCAGGUUAAAACCAGUGACAUUUCUGGUGCAGGUACAGACGCUAAUGUGUUCAUGAUUGUGUUUGGAGAGAAUGGGGAUACAGGCACCCUAGCACUGAAAGAAUCCAGCAACAGGAACAAAUUUGAACGCAAUCAGGUGGAUGUGUUCCAUUUUUCAGACAUCCUCAGCCUGGGAGAGCUUUGCAAGAUCCGAGUAUGGCAUGACAAUAAGGGUCCUGCUCCUGGCUGGCACUUAGAAAACAUUGAUGUAAAAGAUGAGCUCAUGAGCCAAACCUUUCGAUUCCCUUGUGACCGCUGGCUGGCCAAAAGUGAGGAUGAUGGCCAGAUUAUUCGGGAACUGGGCUGUGCCAACAAUGAUAUCCUGGACCUCAGUGACAAAACCAAAUACAUUAUUGACAUUACCACAGCCAACUAUGAAGGUGCAGGGACAAAGGAGAACGUGUGCAUAGUGCUUGAGGGCAAAAGAGCACGUUCAAAGGAGUUUAUGAUGGAAAAUUCUUCAAAGAAAAAGAGAUUUGUGUGGGGUGCUACUGACACAUUUGAAUUUUCCUCCAAACUUCUUGGAGAUAUAGUUACCAUCUCUUUGGUCCAUAUAACAAAAGAUAAAAAAGUGAAGAAUGACGCUUACUGGCAUGUUGAGGAGGUGGUAGUGACAGAACAAGAGUUGGGGAACAAGUACUUUUUUCACUGUGAUGCCCAGAUCCCUCUUACUACAAAGAAAGGCGAGUUUGUGACAUUUGAGUGCAUUAAGUGUGUUGAAAGCUUUGCCAGCAAAGUGCGCAGCUUGGUUCCCAUCAAGUAUGAGAUUAUCAUCAUCACAGGUGAUGUGAAAGGAGCUGGGACUGAUGCCAAUGUCUUCAUUACCAUUUACGGUGUAAACGGAGACUCAGGGAAGCGUCCAUUAAAGCAAAAGUUUAGGAACCUGUUUGAGAGGGGCCGUACAGACCGCUUUUUGUUGGAGAUGCUGGACUUGGGCGAUCUCCUAAGAGUCAACGUUGAGCAUGACAACACUGGCCAAGCACCAGGCUGGUACUUGGAGUGUGUAGAGAUUACAAACACUGCCAACUGGGUGACCACAAUCUUUGUUUGUGGAAAGUGGAUGGAUAGGACAAGAGCAGAUGGACAAAUCGAAAGAGUCUUGUUCCCCAGAUACUGA